GUAAGUGCUGCCACAGGCAGGCACACAAGGACUGUUACUAGCUUGCUUUCAGUCUCUCUCAUCUGCUAGAGGAGAAAAAGAACAGCAAUUGGAGAAGGGGUUAUUAAUACACAAAAACAUGACUGAGCCCAGCAGUAGGAAAGAAGGAUUUAAAAAAUGCCGGAGUGCCACUUUCAGUAUUGAUGGCUUUAGCUUUACAAUAGUUGCAAAUGAAGCUGGUGAUAAGAAUGCACGCCCUCUAGCAAGAUUUGCAAGAUCCAAGUCUCAAAACAGCUUGUGGAACACUAUCAUCAGUGGGCUUAAUCUAAAAGAGAAACAGAAGCCAGCAAUUGCCACAGACCCUCGAAGUCCAGAAGAGAUUUUAGCUGAUGAACUACCGCAGGUUGACAGUCCAGAUGCCAUCCCGAAAGCAUCGAUCAGGUUACGAUGUUUGGUCAAGCAGCUGGAACGAGGAGAAGCUUCUGUUGUGGACCUUAAGAAGAAUCUGGAGUAUGCAGCCACUGUACUUGAGUCCGUUUAUAUUGAUGAGACUCGACGAUUGCUGGAUACCGAAGAUGAACUCAGCGACAUUCAGUCAGACUCAGUACCCUCAGAAGUGCGAGAUUGGCUGGCCUCCACCUUCACGCGUCAGAUGGGAAUGAUGCUUAAAAGAACAGAAGAGAAGCCACGGUUUAGAAGUAUUGUCCAUGCAGUGCAGGCUGGCAUAUUUGUGGAAAGAAUGUACAGAAGAACGUCAAACAUGGUUGGACUUAGCUAUCCACCUGCUGUUAUUGCUGUUCUAAAGAAUGUUGAUAAAUGGUCCUUUGAUGUAUUUGCACUAAAUGAUGCUAGCGGUGACCAUGGACUUAAAUUCAUCUUUUAUGAACUGCUCACCCGCUAUGAUUUGAUCAACCGCUUUAAGAUCCCUAUCUCUGCACUGGUAUCAUUCGUGGAGGCUCUAGAAGUUGGAUAUACAAAACAUAAAAAUCCAUAUCACAACCUUAUUCAUGCAGCAGAUGUUACCCAGACUGUUCAUUACUUUCUCUUCAAGUCAGGGCUAGUGCAUUGGCUGACAGAACUGGAGAUAUUUGCAAUGAUUUUUGCAGCAGCCGUUCAUGACUAUGAACAUACUGGCACUACAAACAACUUUCACAUCCAAACAAGGUCAGAUUCAGCCAUUCUUUAUAAUGAUAGAUCUGUACUUGAAAAUCACCAUGUGAGCGCAGCAUAUCGCCUCCUCCAGGAUGAUGAGGAAAUGAAUAUACUUUAUAACCUCUCCAAAGAUGACUGGAGGGAAUUCCGGGCUUUAGUGAUUGAGAUGGUGUUGGCCACUGAUAUGUCUUGUCACUUCCACCAAAUCAAACAAAUGAAGAAUGCUCUGCAGCAGCCAGAAGGGAUUGACAAGCCAAAAGCCUUAUCCUUGUUGUUGCAUACAGCAGACAUAAGCCAUCCAGCAAAAAACUGGGAUCUCCAUCAUAGGUGGACCAUGUCUCUACUAGAAGAAUUCUUCAGACAGGGUGACAAAGAAGCAGAACUUGGACUUCCCUUUUCUCCCCUGUGUGACCGCAAUUCAACUAUGGUUGCCCAGUCUCAAAUAGGUUUUAUUGAUUUCAUUGUGGAGCCCACAUUUACCGUGUUAACAGAUAUGAUAGAGAAAAUUGUAGUUCCACUCAUCGAGGAAGCAUCGCGAUCUGGGCUUACAGGAUUUCGGCGAUCAAGUUUGAACAGCAUUACCACCUCAGACGUUAAAAGAUCAAGUGUGAAAAGCACUGGAUCAGAAGGAAGUGCCUCAUUAAACUGUUCUAUCCUCACUGUGGAUUUUAAAAGUUUUAAAUGUACCUGGUAUGAUGUUGUACUACAAAAUAGAGAAAAAUGGAAGACUCAAGCAGUAAAAGAUGCAGAUGAGAAAGCUAAAAGAGAAGCAGAAGAAAAAGAUAAAAGAGAUCCAGAUGAAAAUCACCAGGAAAAGGAGGAUAAAAAGACUGAUGAAAAUGAAGAUAAAAAUGACAAACCUUUGUUAAACAAACAUGAACCAAACAAAGAACAUCAUUCUGGAGACAGCAAACUUACAGAAUCUAGUCAGGGAAAUAUAAAUGGGACUCGUUUACCAAAUGCAAAGAAUCAAGAAUGUUCCUCAGGAGAUCAAACUAAUCAAGAAAAGUUGGGAGACACAGACAGCAAACAAGUAGUACAAAAUGACAUCAAACAGGUGACAACAGGGUUACAUAGUCUGUCGUGUCCUACAUCACCAACCACAACUGGCUAUUAUAAAAAAGAUAAAGAAGAAUAAAAGAAUGCCAAUAUUUUACAUCAUUUUAGCUGAGCUUCUUCAUUCUGCUCCUCCUUCCAAAAAAUCAAAAAGACAAGUCUGUUUGGGGAAAAAGGCAUUACACAGCUGUCUAAGCACUGCUUCCACUGGUUCCUUUACUGUUUGUGUGUGUUUUUAAAGAGUCCAAUUUUUUUUCCUUAACAAAAGAAUUGACUUGGCUUUUUACACAACAGGAAAGUUAUAUAGGAGACCUAUAAAGCAAAACUCCUUUGCUGUCAGUAGCCAAGAAUUUGAGGCCUCUGAUAACAUGAUAACAAUCACCAUGCGGAAAUUACCCAGAAACCUGCCCUCAGUUGCUAAGAAUGUUUCUUUAAAAGUUACCUUAUCCUUAAAGAGGACUGCACAGAUGAGAGGCUCUUUACCAUUACUUGGCAAUUGUUUAAUUGUGCCCUGUCUUGACUGUCUUCUAUAAUGUUAAGUGUUUUAAAAAAAACCUGUUAGAGCAGUUUUUUCACUAACUAUUAUAUUUUUUCAUAUUUGUGUUUAGUAAAAGAAAAUACUUUACAAUAUGUCUCAUUUAAUGUUGGAAAGGGACUAGUUACUUUUACACUGCCACAAUGUUUUCAUUUCAGAGUCUUCCAUAAAUAUUGUUUUUUUAAACCACAAUAUGCUAUGGUUCAGCUGUUUUGCUACAUUUUAUUUGCUAUGUUUGCCACAGAGGUACCUUUCUGUUACUUGGAACCACAUGGUAACAUUAAAAGCAAAGGGGAUGAGGAAGCUGGUGAAAUGAGUCUUCCAGCAAUAUGCCUUUAGGUCUAAGUGACCCCCUAAGGAGCAUACCCAAUAUGAUGGGCUUUUGGAUAGUGGAAACAUAUGAAGUACAUAUGAAGUACAACAGCUACUUCUGGCAACAGAGAACUGUACUCUUUGUUGGGCUUCAGUUUUCUAUACAUUUUUGUUUAUUGUGUUUCUUUAGCCCUCUGCUACAUAAAAUUGUGACAUCUAACUCCUGCUGCUGCUAGAGCAGUGGGUAGCUUUAGCAACUAGAUAGUUUAAAUUCUAAACCUAAACCCUGAACAAAAGUUAAAAAAAAAAACUUAAAUUAAAGAAAAAAUAAAGGUUAGUUGCUGGUUAUCUCUACACCAAAAUAAAAGUUAAUUUCCAGGUAAAAUGCCCCUUUAAGAAGCACUGCUUUAAUUCUGCAUAAUCCAUUGUGCAGGAUGGAAUAAUUAUGUAAUUCUCUCUGUAGUUCCCGUAGUAAUUUCAUAGUAUAAAGCUGGAGCUGUACCCCAAAUCAGAGAAGUGCUCUUUAAGCAAGUUUUGCAAGUGUUUGUAAGUCACUUGUAUGUAUUGUAUACAACUCUGCUUGAAUUCAUUCAGACACCAUUCUCCAGUUGCUAAAUAACAAUACAAUUACUAGCCUGAAGCAGUAUGUUAUAAAAAUAUAGCUGCAAACAUCCAGCCAGCAUGUUCUUGAUGCUUAUUAGAAUUGCACACCAUUAUCUAGGAGUAUAUCAGAUAUGCCUGCAUUCUUUCAGUCUCCAACAUGUACAGGCUUUUUUCAUACUUCUAAUGAAUAGACCCCAAACUAAGCUCAUAUUUAACCUCUUUAUAAAAUGGAAUUCAGAUGUUUUGUCCCUUGCUAUACAUUUAUAAUCUUGAACUUUGAAGCACAGCUCGCAUGAAGUGUGUGUGUAUAUAUAUAAAUAUAUAUAUAAAUAUAUAUAUAAAUUUAAAAUAAUGAAAUAAAUUAAUUUUUUUAGGGUACGCUGAAUUUUGUUUGCCAUAGUAUGGCAUAAUAUUUAUGUAUAAAUGAACUAUCCUAUGUUGAUCUAUAAAAAGGUGUGGCAGCUGGAGAAGGAAAGACGGUAGAUAUUAAGCCUUAUCGUUCCUAAAAGUUUGGGCUACUAAAAGAAACUCAUACUAUCAUUUGAAAGUAGAAAAUAGUUUCCUUGAACAGUUUUUGUUGUUGUUGUUCUGCUCUGUUUUUCACUGUGUAAUCCAUUGAUUACAUAAUUACCUGUGAACCUGUCCUUAAUGUAUGUACAGUAUGUAUGUAUGUAUGUAUAUAUGCAUAACAUUUCUGCACUGACCUAAGCUGUGUAUACGGAUAGGCAGCCUUUGGUGUUUAAGUUAUCAUGAAACUUCCACUCACAGCAUAUGCCUGGUACAUUGGUAAUGGGCUAAUGUAUUCGCAGUUUUAGGUUUGUACCUGGGUCUAAUAACCUAUAGCAAUGAAUGACGUGCUUGCUUUCAAACAUGAAUCCAUUUAAUGCUGCCAGCUCAUUUGGGUUAUCAAACCUUUUACAAGAGGGUUUGCUAAAAUGUUUUUCAAAACAAUCAAAUACAAUGAUAAAUUAGUAUGAAACACCAAAUGGCUACAGAAUUUCCUUGUUAUGUAUGUACUGAUAUGUUGCACAGAAGAACCUAAAAUAUAAUGAACAUACUCUGCUCUUCAUCUGAAUUAAUCUAUGAAGCCUAUUUAUAAACAUGUAUUUUAUUUGUUUUUAUAAAUGAACUUUGGAGAGUAAA